AAGGUAAUUCCGUUUGUUGACAUUUUUGGACGCAGAUUCUGCUAUAUUAUGAUUUAAUUUCCACUGUUUGCAACAAUUUAAAGUCAAAAUGCAGUCUGGAUACGGACCAGCAUACUACUAUGCUGGAUCUAGGGAUGGCAGUGUGUCAGAACCCUAUGCAGCCAGUCAUAUAGAUUCCACAAUGAAGGCAUAUCCUUCACAGCAGAGUAUUGAUACUAGAUCAUAUAUCACUGGUAGUAAAAGAAGUUUGUAUUCUACCUAUACAUCUUAUACUACACAUACCAAUAUGUCAUAUGCUUUACCUAUUGUUACUAAUGCACCUUUAUUAGAAAAGAAGCCACCAGAUAAUUGGGGAUUAGCUUUUGUUUCCCUUUUCAUCAAUCCUAUUUUUGGACUAAUAGCCAUCCUCCUUGCAGAACAAUCUAAGAUCUACUUCACAAAAUGUAACUAUUUGAAGGCAUCGCAAUAUGGAGUUUAUGCUAAAGGAGCAGCUUUGGGAGGAAUAGCUUGUACCAUCAUUUUACUGGUCUUAAUUAUAGCUAUAGCUGUUAACCAACAUAUCAUGUACAACAUCUAAGUCUAAGGAUGUAGUUUCCCGUUUUGAUGGAAAUGAAGGAGAGGAGAGGAAGAAAGGGGGGGGUCUUUACUGUAUACAAUGUAUAUUAUGCUCAUGCAGUUUUUUAAUGGAGCUCAUACCUGUGAUUUCAAACCUAGCUGAGAUAUAUUCCCCCAAAUCUCAUAUAUGUAAUCUGUUCAAAGAAAAUCUUUUGUGCUAAAAAAUGGCUUAAUUUACAGUGUUAUGUCUACGUAGUCUGUAAUUUAAUUGGAUAUGAGAUAUGGUGCUCUGGAUCCAAAAUUGCCUUUAAUGGGGAGACCUUUGAUCCUAUAAUGGAGAAAAAAAUUGCUUCAAAUCUAGGGCCCAUGAUGUUAACUAUAUGUAUAUUUUAAUAUGUAAAUUAAUCAUUUUAUCAUACUAAAAUUCAUUUUUAUGACAAAUAUAUAUAUAUAUAUAUACCUUUUCUUUAAAUCAUUUUAGCAUUUAGCAUAGCAUAUCUUAUUAGACAUAUUUCAUAUGUCAAAGAUUUUCAUGAUACAAGAACUUCCAUAUAAUUAAUAAGAUGGAAACAUUUUAAUGACAUUUCUUAUUGUAGAUGAUUUAAUAAAAAAAAAAACAAUGAAUUAUUUUAUAGAAUAUAAUCCCUAAUUUGACUCUAGCUUUUUAACCCCAGUCUUUGGUUUGAUAUCAAUGUUAAUUGUAAUUUUUGUUUAAAAUUUUAUUCAGAUACAGAAUAUUAGGCCUAAUUCCGUUUUGAUUGUACAUAAACCAUCAUUUUCUAUCAUUUUUAUAAAAAUUAAAACAUAAUCCAUUUCU